AUGACCUCCGGGCUUUUUGCCUCCUAUGAGGAUGACUUCAAUGAGAGCUCGCGGCAGGUGCGGGCGGCAGCGACGGCCCUGCAGGAGUCGUUAAAGCAAAACUGCAGCGCGUACGAGCCUCCCCCCGCGACGGGCCCGCAGAGCCGCGCGCAUCACUGCCAGGUGAUGCAGCAGGGGCUGGCGCACAUGCGCGAGCUCGUCACAAGCAUGUUGUACGAGAGCAAUGACGUGGAAGCGGGCGAGGCCCGAAGCGAGGCGCGACGGCGCGUGGAGGAUUACAAGCGGGUUGUCACCGUUCUUGAGGGGGAGCUGUUUAGGCUGCGGCAGGAGUCGCAGGAUGCGGAUAGGAUGGACCUCAUCACGGGCGGCAACGACGCACUGGACGACGCCACCCUCGAGGCGCGCACCCGCAUGCUCGGCAACACGCAAAAGCUGCGGCAGGGCACCACGACGCUGGAGCGGGCCGAGCGAGCCCUGCACGCCGCAAGCGACUUGGGAACCUCGACCCUCUCCACGCUUCGCGCCCAGACGGAAACGAUGCGGAACUUCAACGCGAACAUUCAUGGUGUCGAUGCGGAAGUCAUGGAAUCACGCAGAAUCGUUAACCAAAUGCAGCGCACAGCGACGAAGAGAAAACUGUGCCUUAUAGGCGUCAUUCUCGCACUGAUCUUCUGCGUCGUGGGGUUGGUUUUCCUGCGCUAG